UGACGUCACACACCGUUACCCGUGCACGGAUGAAUUCUAAAGAACUAUAGAGGCACAAAUAAUAGCACAACCACAAGUUCAUAUCUUGCAAGUCCUACGUUAUCCUUUAAGCUUUCUACAGCUGUUUAACAACAAUAUUUUUGUAGUUGAUGAAGCUUAACUCUAAUUUCUUAUUUCACUAAGGAGAUUAUAUAUACAUAUAAAACCAGGGCUGGCGUAAACAUCCUCAGUGCUUGCCAGUUAAGUGCAGUCAUCUAUUAUUGAGCGAAAGGCCGAGUGUGGAAAUGUGUGUAAGACUGUGGAUUUAAAGUAGAUUUGGUUUCAAUCGAUCAGCAGGAGAAGAAUAUUGCUUAUGGUAACAAAAGAAGCAGCUAUGUCUUUCUCGCAGUUUGGAUAUCCUUACAAUGCAACCUCUCAGUUUUUCGUGUCGGCAAACACCAGUACGACUUGCUGCGAUUCGAUUUCCAGGUCGGUGACAGAAGGACCGAGCGCGCCUCAGAGCGCAGCUUCAUUCUGCUGUCCCUCCUAUGAGAACCGGCUGCUGGCGAGCACGCGCUCGGAGCUCAACGCUGCCCUCGGGAUGUACGGGUCUCCUUACGCAGCAGCUGCGGCCGCAGCCGGUCAGGGCUACGCCAACUACUUUCCGUACAGUGCCGACCCCUCCGCCAUCUACUCCAGCCUGAACCCACAAUAUGAAAUCAAAGAGGGGUCAGGGAGUCUUCAUGGUACUAUAACCCAACCCGCUGCCUACUAUCCAUAUGACCACUCACUGGGACAAUACCAGUAUGAUAGAUAUGGGACUGUUGAUUUUAAUGGGUCAACACGGAGAAAGAAUGCUACACGUGAGACAACAAGCACUCUUAAAACGUGGCUUUAUGAACACCGGAAAAACCCGUACCCGACAAAGGGUGAAAAAAUCAUGCUGGCCAUUAUCACUAAAAUGACUCUCACACAAGUGUCCACCUGGUUUGCCAAUGCAAGAAGGAGACUAAAGAAAGAGAACAAGAUGACCUGGUCCCCCAAAAACAAAGCAGGUGAUGACAGGAAAGAAGACCUCAUUAAGACUGAUCCAGACAGCAUUACCAAAGACUCCAAAGAGAGUAAGGAUGAGCAAGACCUGCAGUUCAGUGACCUGGACGACAUUGAGGACGAGGAAUGUGACAAGCUGGACAGUGACUGUGAGAAAUCGGGUCAGGAUGACCUCGCAACUUCCUCCCCACCAAAGAGAGACUGUAACCCUGAGCUGAACUUCUCAUCCUUUCCCUGUGGCCUGAAGAAUUUGGGACCUCUGAACUCGGACUAUCUGGAUCCGCUCGGCUCCAAACCACAGCAGUCCUCACCUCAGUCCACUUCCAUAAGCACUGUGGCACUCUCUCAUUUUGAGACAUCGGAAAAGCCCCGGAUCUGGUCGCUGGCACGCACAGCUGCCGCAGGGGUUGUAUUAGCCACACAGCAAGGAGACGUACGGAUUGGGCCUGGAGACUGUCAGAUGCAGACAGUCAGGUUGCCCACAGUUGGAGGAGGGCAGUGUGGUGAGCUGAAGGCCCUUCAGGACCCUACAAACUUGAGCAAUACUGAAAAUCUUUACCAGGAAGGACUGCAGGGGAUACAUAAAGCAUACACGAUUGGGAGCUACAAGAACCUUCAGAUACACUCUUCAUCCUAUUCAGGACUGUCUGAAUCCUGCCAGUAUGCCUCAGUGGAAGGGUUCUCCAGCACAGGAAAGACAGAGACAGAAAACACUGAGCUCAAUAAUACAUGUCCAGCACUCCAGGAUACUAAAAUCACUGCAUUCAGACCUGUAAUGAAGAGGUGAGACAGGACUGUGAAAAUGCCAAUAAACACUGGGACAUUUUUAUGAUCUACAUUAUGCACUAUGGAACGGAGGCAAUGAAAAACUAUAAGCCGAUGGCAGCAGACACUUGAAACUGUAGCACAAGUUGAGUACAUGCGCCCUUUCUGGAACUGUGAAAACUGGAGGCAGCCAUAACUUUGCACAAUAUGAUUUGAUGGUGUCAAUAACUUUAUGCAAUGUUUGGUGUACGUAUGAGAAUAAAUUGUCUGUGAUUUUUUUAUGUUUGCACUGGCAAUCGUAGUUUAGUAAUCCUAUUUAUCUAUUUAUUGUCUGGCUGUUUGUUUGCUUUAUUUAUUUAUUUAUUUGUUGACAUAUGUCAUCUCAAGAUUGUGUUGUUAUGUUUAUUUCCUUGUGGUUGUGUGUUAAAUGUUCUGUGAUUAUGUUUUUGGAAGCUGGUGUUUUUACUUUUGUUUACUCAACAAUAAAUGAGAUGAGAUACUGUGCUCCUGAGGAGUUGUUUAUAUCAAGAAACUGUGUAUAAAUGUUGUGUUGUCAUUUAUAAAAUAUUUUAUAAGAACUGAUUCCUUUCUUGUGA